AUGGCGACUUCAAAUCAGGACCAGGGCCUGAGCAAGUAUGUAACCCUUGUUAGUAGUGACGGAUUUGAGUUCGUCGUCUUGCGCGAAGCUGCUUGUAUCAGCGGCGCCAUAAAAAGAAUGCUUGAUCCUAAAAGUGCAUUCUCUGAGGCCAGAACUGGAAGAUGCACCUUUGCAGAGAUUAAUGGUAUCGUCCUUGAAAAGGUUGCGGAAUACUUUUGCUAUCACUACAAGAACCGAGACAGGGAGGAUGUCCCCGACAUGGAUAUCCCUCCAGAACUGUGCCUGGAGCUGUUGAUGGCGGCAGACUAUCUAGACACGUAA